CGUUUGGUUGUUGUGUGACGUUGUGAGGUUGUGCGAUAUCAUAGCAUUUAUUUGCAUCGCAGCUACUCUACCUACAGUUUGAUUGAAUGAUCGGAGCUCGCGCUCAGUCAGUUUUCGUAGAUUCACGUUUGUGUACGGACAUGCAGUGAUCUCAAAAUGUUAGCAUUUGGACGAAACACGGUGUUUAUUCCGCUAGUGUUUUGUGUAUCAUUUGUAAUUAGCUUGAGGCAAUAUGGGACUUCGAGCGGGUCCCUGUACGUGGCAGAAGAUUUGUCAGAAAGGGGCCAGAAGUAUACCAUUAUAAACAGAAUUAAUGAAGAGGAUAGUACACAAAUAGAAAGGAGAAAACGCGAAGCGGCCCCGUCUCCUCCUGUUGUACAGAAAAAUAUUAGUACAUGGACAACCCAUCUAAAUGACAGUCAUCAGCAGCUCAUGGUACACUGGGUAGGGGAAGGGUCAAAUGUUAUCAUUUGUCUAGCCCGAGAUUCAGUGCCUAGGGCCAAAGGAGGAAUCUCACCUUCAGCUCUCUUCAUUUCUUAUGACUAUGGGAAGAACUUCACCAACAAAACUGAAAGCUUCAGGCUCGGAGAUGAGCCCAACAGUGGAUAUGCCCAGUUGGACAAGUUCUUCAAUCAUCCAAAGUAUCCAGAGUUUUGCGUGUUCGUGGACUCUACCAACAAGAAGUUGUAUUACACCAGCGACAAUGGGAGGAACAUCCAUCGGACCGACCUCAGUUUCCAUCCAAAUGAGCUGGCCUUUGACGAGGAGUUGCCCGAUCGAUAUGUUAUUCUGGAUAAAGUCGGCCCUAACAGGACGCUUUACCUCACCCUGGACGGCGGUAAAUCAUUCAAGAUGAUCCAAACUUACGUGAAAUCGUUCUUCUGGUCUUCAGGGCCAGGUUUCUCAAAGACUUUCUAUGUGGAACGGUGGAAGCCUGAUUGGACUAGCACCGUGUUCAGUGCGAGCGAUCCCGCCGAUUUGGGGAAUGCUAACGUCCUCUUUGAAGAAGCCAAGGAUUUCCAGAUCAAAGGAGAUUUCAUGUUUGCUACUAAGGAGUCUAAAGAGAGGAAUACACUGCACCUCUACAUUUCACACCAGCGAGGACCUUUCCAUAAAGCGGAAUUCCAAACAGAGCUAGACUUGCGAAAAUUCCACAUAGCAGACGUAACCGAUAAACGUAUAUUCAUCUCUGUCAUGCACACAGACACUCUCGCUCACCUGUACGUGUCAGAGAUAAACAAUGACUUUUCGCAGUACAACUUUGUCCUGAGUCUGGAAAAGAUUUUGUGUUACUUCCCAGAAGGAAAUUGGAAGAACAGCUGGUUGGAGGAUGUCACAGAAGAUCCAUUCACAGACUUAUACCGCGUGGAAGGCCUCAAGGGCAUCUACAUAGCCUCCAAGAUAGGACCCAAAGACGUGGAGCGUACUAUAGGACCUGAGCAUCUUGUAUCUGUGAUCACUUUUGAUCAUGGUGUCACGUGGUCACCCAUUAAUCCACCUACAGAAGAUGAGAAUGGGAAACCAUUAAACUGCGAUGUGAACUACCAAUGCAGUCUACAUUUGUGCCAGAAAUUUAGCCAGCUAUAUCCAGUAACAAGCGCCACAGGAAAAGUGAUUGCCGAUGGUGUAAGGUCCGCUAGUAUCAUGAGUUCUAAGUCCGCACCUGGCAUAAUAAUGGCCACUGGUGUAAUGGGCAAGUCUCUCAAAGGCAUCCCAGGCGUAUACCUGAGUAGAGACGCCGGUCUUACAUGGAAGAAAAUCCUUAAAGACUACUACUUCUUCAACUACGGUGAUCACGGAGGCGUCCUCGUUGCUGUCAAAUACUUCAAGUCCAGGGGCGAAACGAGAAGGAUACUGUACUCGACCAACGAAGGCAUUGAAUGGAACUCUUAUCAGUUCAACGCCGAUGACCUACGCAUAUACGGGCUGAUGACCGAGCCCGGAGAGAAUACUACCACAUUCACGAUGUUCGGUUCGGCCAAUGAACAGCAUCAGUGGAUAAUCAUAACAAUAGAUCUUCGAAACACUUUCGAGCGGAACUGUACCGCGGAAGACUACAAAUUCUGGACACCGUCCCCGAAUUCUUCUGUUUCGUGCGUACUCGGCGUAAGAGAAACCUUCCAGCGACGACUUGUUCAUUCGAAUUGCUACAACGGCAUCGAUAACAAUCGGCCAGUCAGCAAAGAAGUCUGUGAAUGUAGUAGACGAGAUUACGAAUGUGAUUUCGGAUUCAUGCGCUCCGGUAUCGAAUGCAUCCGCAAUAAGACCGUAAACUUCGAUCCAUAUGCUAUUCCUGCCGAUUGUCGUCCUGGCAAAACGUACAAAUUAACUAAAGGAUACAGGAAGAUAGAUGGCGACGCUUGCUAUGCCACUCCCUAUGUUCCAUACGCUCCAGACAACGUUCCGUGCCCGAUGGCGGAGCCCACGGAAUUCCUCAUAGUCGCCUUGAGAGAUAAAGUCGCUCGCAUAGAUUUGAUGGACAAUUCUACCGUUAUACCAGUCACAGAUCAGAAAAACAUUGUCGCAAUAGAAUUUGAUAUGAAAAACAACUGUCUGUAUUGGGCUGAUAUAGAUUUGGAUAGAAUUUGCCGUCAAUGCUUUAACAAUGGUACUGCGGUAGAAAUUAUUGUGGACACGGACUUGGCAAGCAUUGAAGGAAUGGCUUUGGAUUGGAUUUCAAACGUGUUAUUCUUCGUAGAUGGUACGAGAAAGAAGAUUGAGGCGAUUAGGACAGAUUUGACAAAUGAGGGUAGAAUGAGAGUAACAAUUUUAGACCAAAAAGCUUUGUCGAAACCGAGAGGCAUCGCUGUUCAUCCUAAGGCUGGUUAUCUAUUUUGGACCGACUGGGACAGAACUAAUCCAUCCGUAUCUAGAUCAAACUUGGACGGUAAGAAUGUGCGAAAGUUGUUUACUAAGCCCAUAGUGCAAUGGCCCAACGGUAUCACCAUAGAUCAGAUGUCCGAAAGGAUCUACUGGGUGGACGCUAUGGAAGACUACAUCGCCAGCGCCGAUAUGGACGGUCAGCAUUUCAAACGGAUUCUGUGGAACGACGAAAGGGUUUCUCAUCCAUUUGCUGUAGCAGUUCUGAAGGGUAAAAUGUACUGGGACGAUUGGAAAGCGAGGUCUAUCUUUAGCGCCGAUAAAAACGCAGGUUCGGAUAUUGUAACCAUAAAUAAUUCAUUCACGGGUUUGAUGGACGUGAAGGUGUUUGCCCACUUCGUGCAACAAGGAACGAAUCCUUGCAGUGGAACCGACCAUCACUGUGAUGCUCUAUGCCUGGGUGGUCCGAAGGGGACCUUCAGUUGUCUAUGCCCGGAUGGCUUCACGAUGACAAACGGGAAAUGUUUGUGUCCGUUCGGAGAGGAACCUUCGGCGAAUAUGACGUGCCCGAAACAACCAGGAGAUAAAUGUGGGCCGACUGAAUUCGCCUGUAAGACUGGCCGCUGCAUAGAAUCAACAUGGCGCUGUGAUGGCAACAACGAUUGCGGUGAUAUGUCCGAUGAAAUUGGUUGCUUCUGCUCUCCCCCCAUGAUAGCGUGCGAUGACGGGCAGUGCUAUUUUCCACACUGGAAAUGUGAUGGCGAUUAUGACUGUAAAGAUAUGAGCGACGAAAAAGAUUGCCUGAAACACAACUGCUCCACCAAUCAGUUCCAAUGCGACAAUGGCCAGUGUAUUGAGAAGAAGUGGAUGUGCGAUGGGGACAACGACUGCAAGGACGGCUCAGAUGAACGUAACUGUAGUGUGAUUCAAUCUAAGCCAUUCGGCGCAGGCAGCGUGAAUUGUCUGGCGGACACAUUCCGUUGUAAUAAUUCCCAUUGUAUUCCCACCUCGUGGGUGUGUGACGGAGAAGACGACUGCCCGGACGGCGAAGAUGAGAUCGACGACAAAUGCAAGCAUUCUACCUGCGCGCCGUACAUGUUCAGAUGUCCCAGUGGGAAAUGCAUAUUCAAGUCUUGGGUAUGCGACGACGAGAACGAUUGCGGCGACGUAGAAUCUUCUGACGAGAAAAACUGCAACGGGACCAAUAACAACUCGAAGCUCCUUCCUCAACCCACGACCGAGAAGUUAGAUUUCCACGAGAACAACGGCACAUGUCUCGAUUGGAUGUUCAAAUGUGGCAACGGGAAUUGUCUGCCGUACUGGUGGCGGUGUGACGGCGUGGGGGAUUGUCUGGAUCAUUCCGAUGAGAUCGGAUGCGAUAUAGUCACCCCCACCACUACGCCGGCGCCGAAAGCGUUGCCGAGUAAAUGCGAGAAGAGCCAGUUUACGUGUUCUAAUGGCAUUUGCAUUCCCCUGCCUUGGGUAUGCGACGGCAUGGCCGACUGUGUGGACGGGGGAGACGAAGUCAGCUGUGACCGGCGCCGGCCCCGGCCGAAACCCGAACCGUGUCCGGCGGAUGCCGCUCCCUGUGCCGAUGGCAGAGGGUGUGUUAAAGAUGGACAACUAUGCGACGGUAUAGCCCACUGCGCAGAUAGAAGUGAUGAGAUGCACUGCACGCCUAUUGGAGGGCACACCCUAGAACCGGAUUGUCCCGACGACCAAUUCCCGUGUGACGAGGGCGCGCAAUGUAUCGCGCGGAGACACGUGUGCGACGGCCGCGAGGACUGCUACGACGGCACUGACGAGAAGAACUGUACCAGCUCGCCCACUGACCCCACACACGUUUAUCAGUUCCUGAGCGUCGGCGUGGACCAGUCCUCAAUUAACUCGACCAGUUUCCUGAUUUCGUGCUGGAUGGCGCAACAGAAGAUGGUUCUCUACAGUUUUCUGCCGUCCAUAGCCAAAGUCUCUGAUGGUGUGUGGCGCAAUAUGUCGUGGACGCAUGAUAGUGUGUACAGGUUUACGGAUUUGGAGCCAUACACAAAUUAUAACGUGACUUUCUACAUUCAAGACAGCAAAUCAAACAGGACUUACGCGUCCAUGAAGUUUGUCAACACUACUACUGGCGAAGGAGUGCCUUCUCCACCAGUUCACUUAACCGUUCGUCAGCUGAUCGGCAGUCGUGUGUUGGUCAUCUUCGACAAGCCUACCGAACCACGAGGCGUAAUACAAUCCUACACCCUGUAUUACGCUCCGCCGCUACCGCCUAUAUCUACAGUCAUACUGGCUAAUAAUAGUGACACUAUCACGCAAACGAUCAAAGGAUUCUUCAAGCCUGACAGGAAAUAUUCUUUCUGGUUAACAGCGACAAAUCGCGCGUUUACGUCGAAAUCGUCCGAAGUUGCGUACCUUACGUUCGACGACGGCGGCGACGUCGACGAUCUUGUCAACGUGAGCAUGUCGCACGUCAACCAAUCGGCGGUCUAUUUGGAGUGGCACAAGAUCAGAGGAGUAGAAGGGUAUUCGGUUCAAAUACGACUGCCGUUACCGUAUGCCAAAAGAGAACCGAUCAUUACUAAGAAUAAUAAUAUUACUUUAACAAACCUACCACUCGGAGUAGACAUGUACAUCGAUAUCAGAGCAUUCAAGGAUAAAAUGUUCGGCGAUCCAUUCACGAUUCCUUUGCGCAAGGCUGGCGAGCAAGACGAGAAACUGAACCUGACCGCCAUUGUUUCCAAAGAGAAAGGAACUUCGGUACAGUUGAUAUGGUCACCGCCCCUUGGCGAUAGAUACAAGAAUAGGACCGUGAUGUAUGAACUGCAUUACACCAAUGCCAUGCGCCCUGGGGAACUUGCUAAUGACACGAAGAUAGUAACAAAUUCAACCCACGUCACCGUGGACGGUCUGAACGCGUGCGAGAACUACGUGUUUGCUGUGGGCAUUCUCGGAGGACCACUGUCUAAAUUUGUAGAUAUUGUUACCAGGGAGAAUCCUAAGGCCCCUGUGAAGAACUUACGCGCUCAGUUUUCUGAAGAACAAGAUAAAUUGGACAUUUAUUGGGACGCGAACUGUGAUGUGUUACGGGAACCUAUUACUUAUAAGUUGGAGAUAACGGAAGAGACGCGUCACAAGACCAGCCGUUACGAGUUGCAACCGACCACAAACGCUUCCUUACAUCAUACCAUUGUGAAUUUGCCGCUCGGAGGUCGAUACAACAUCUGCGUUCAUCCGGACAUCCCCGAAGCCCGGCCAUCGUGUACGGCGUCCCGCGGCGGCGAGAUCCCCCCUCCGCGCAGCGUGCUGGCGUGGCAGUCGCCCAGCGGACACGUCAUGGUGGACUGGCAGCCUCACGCCGACCGACACGACCUUAAAUACCAAGUCAUAGUAUCGGGCAAGGAGAUCCCCGAUGAUUUGAUCCACACUACCGAAGACAUGACCACUGUGACGGCGGAUAGUUCGCCGGUUCUUAUCACCGUGCCACAGGGCACCACCGGCCCGUUGUAUGUGGGAAUGCGAGCGGUUUCACCGGGAGGGUACUAUAGUGACAUCACUGAAGUGCAUACUAUCAAUAUGGAGGAUCUCCAAAGCGAAGAGCAAUCUAUGACUGUGGCUAGCACCUGGUGGAUCACCACGCUAUGUAUACUGGUCGCCGCGGCGGUGGGCGGGGCGCUGUAUGUAGCCUUCCGCCAGCGCCGCGCUAGGUUACUGCUGCACACUACCCGAUACGACAACAGGAGGGGUCAGGCUACUAUCGGAGACCAUGACGACGACGACGUGCCUCCGAUCCAAGGUUUCUCAGACGACGAACCGUUGGUCAUCGCCUAAUCAUCUAGAACAAUGUGAUUUUAUUAUCAUAUAAAGAUAACUGACGUUAAGAGGAUAUUUCCAAUUUUGAAAAGAGAUGAGAACGAAGGAAACAGGUAAAGCGUGCGUAGAUGUGUUCUUUUUUUUUAAGACCAGAGUUGCCAGAUGUUCUUUAUUUAAAACUCUUUUUCUUUACUGACCAGUUCUCUUCCUUAUAUUAUUUUUUUUGUGUUUUAAUUCAAAGAAGCCCGACUAAUUUCGUUUAUGAAAUAGAAAUAUUCUUUUACGUCAGUUAAACAUUUAUGAAUUUUAACGUGAUCUUGUCAUACCUAUAUGUAGCUAUUUAUUUUAUCGUUGUAUUUCCUUUAGAAUGUUUACACAUUAUUUCACGCGAUAUCAAUUUAACUUUGAUCUAAUUCAAUAGAAUGAAGAAAGAUUGUAUUAAUACGAAAGUAUAUUCCUACUUGAUUAUAAUAUACCCUCGUUUAUUUCAUAUGCUAGAUAAUAUUGUUCUUAUAAGAUUUUUUGAUUUGCCGAAUAAGACUUUUGAUAACUAUGCCUACAAAUACAAAUUAAUUCACUUUCCCAGUUAAAAGUCAUAUAAAAGAUACAACGAUAAAUAAAUUCUUUAGUUUGGGAUAAAUAUGGACAUUCGUUUGUGUCCGGAGUAUUAUUAUAUUACGUUAUGAAAUUUGUGUUAAGAUGUUUAUGUGCCUGUGUUUUACUUGUCUCAAUUUUGUGGAAUAUGAGAGGUUUGUGUUAGAUCAUUUUUCGCGAUCCGCGUGCGUGAACAGAGGAUUAUUCACGUGUGUUGCUAAAGGAAAUGUUUUAUCUUCUCCCUCUUUCUUUUUCAAAGGUUAAAGAGGAAAGUUGUUGAUAAUAUCUUUAUUGCACAAAAGUUUACACAGUUACAAAACAAAAAGAGUACAUUAUUUAAAGAAGUCUACGUCUUAUAAGCGUUGAAUGGAAAUAUAAUUUCUUUAAUUUCAGAAACAAUUUUCGUACGUAAUAUUGAUACCAAAUAUUUUGUGAAUUGUAACUAAAUACUGGAUAUUUGGCAAUUUUUUAUUGUAGUUUAUAAGACGCGGGAAAUUUGUGAGGAAGGAAACACAGGGGAACUGGCUGUAAAUCGUAAGACUUGUUAUGUGUUAUGUUUAGACUUUAUUUGCUUGCUCACUCGAUAUUUUAUUAAUAAUGACCAUAACUAUCUCAUUUUUGGAUUUCGACGCCAAAGAUAAUAAUUUUCUUAAGUACAAUUAUUCACUAAAUCUUAAGUCGAAAACAGCAUUGAGUUGUAGAUCUCCACAUUCCCAUUGUAUUCGUGAGUAGUAUUUUUUAAGGAUUAGUUCCUAAUAGAUAAAAAUGUUUAGUGCCGCGUCAGUCAUUCGAUCAUUUUAUCGUAAAAGUCAUGUAUUUUAUUUUUAAAUUAAUUGUGGUUAUGAAACAAAAACGUGCAUACGAAAUUGUAAAAUAAGAAAAUAAAUUAUAAUUAUUAAA